CUCCCUGAUAGAAUGAGAAACACAGUAUACGGAGACAGUCCCGAACCCGGAGAACCUGACCCACUAGUCAGUGAGGAGGUUGUGGGGAAUGUAUCCAAACUUUGUGUGCUUCCUCCUGGAUACCGGGGUCCGCCUCGCAAGGGACAUCUCAUAUUUGAUGCCAACUUUGAAAGUGGUAAUCUGGGGCGGGUGGACUACAUAACGGAGUUAGAGUACGAUAUCUUUAUCAGACCGGACACCUGCAAUCCUCGCUUUAGAGUCUGGUUCUAUUUUACUGUCGAGAAUGUCAAGUCUGACCAGAGGGUGAUAUUCAACAUCGUGAACUUUAGCAAGACAAAGAGUUUGUACAGGGAAGGGAUGAGCCCCGUUGUCAGAUCUACCUCACGACCAAAAUGGCAAAGAGUUCCUGGAAAGAACGUGUUCUAUUACAAGUGUCCGGACCACAGAAAGAACUAUGUUAUGUCCUUUGCUUUCCAGUUUGAUCGAGAGGACGAUGUGUAUGAGUUUGCAUACUGUUUCCCGUAUACGAACGCGCGUCUAAGCAGCUGGAUAGCUAAGCAGGAAGAAAGAGAUAUUGAUUACUUUUACGCAGAUGUACUCUGUGAUACUGUGCAACAAAGAAAUCUAGAUAUUAUCACGAUUACUUCACCCGAUAACAUUCACCCUACUAAACAGAAAAGAGUGAUAUUCAUUACUGCCAGAGUUCAUCCAGGAGAAUCACCCUCUUCGUAUGUCUGCGAAGGGCUUAUGGAAUUUAUAUUGGAGGACACACCUGAAGCCAAAGCUCUAAGGGAUCACAUAGUCUUUAAAUUCGUGCCGAUGUUGAAUCCUGACGGAGUAGCGCUGGGUAACUACAGGUGCUCACUAAUGGGGUUUGAUCUGAACAGACAUUGGACUGACCCGUCCAGGUGGGCUCAUCCUACCCUUGAAGCUACUAAAGCUCUGCUCCUGGAAUACAAUGAUAACCCUAGUGUUGAUUUGGACUUUUACAUCGAUAUCCACGCGCACUCAACUCUUAUGAACGGGUUCAUGUACGGCAAUGUGUACGAUGAUAAUGACAGAUUUGAACGGCAAGCUGUGUUCCCCAAACUCCUUUGUAACAACGCUGAGGACUUUUCUCUGGCCUUCACCUCGUUUAACAAAGAUGCAGUGAAGGCGGGGACUGGUAGGCGUUUCCUGGGAUCGUGCCUCAGUCCCAGAUCAAACUGUUACACACUUGAAGUGUCCUUUUACAGCUACACCACUCAGAAUAGCCAGGUGAUCCCGUACUCAGUAGACGGAUACAUCAGCCUGGGACGGAACGUGGCUAAAACCUUCCUGAACUACUACCAACUAACACCAGUCACCACUCCCCCCACUGCUACCCAGCUGAUGCCGCCUGUUAACAAGUCUAAACUUAGGGCGCAUAUUAGAGAUGAGGUCCUCAUGGUCCAUAGACAACGAAACAAUACUUCAAAGACAACCCUCCAAACAGAUUCUAGUCGGAACCCCUCUGAUGCAAUUUAUAAACCCGCUUAUGAAGCCCAACUUUCGAACAGCACGACGUCGUUACAAUCCUACAUAAAACAGUUGAGGAGCAAGAUGGCCAGGGAACUUACACAAAAACAAGUUCCCUCCAAGGAGAUGAUGUGUACCCCUAAUUCUACAGUCAGGUCUCAACUGACCAGCACGUUGAUGAGCCCGACAAGCCCGCUCCCAGGACCACCUCCUCCUCCACAGGCCCUGACCAGUCCCCGGGGCCCCGCUCUGAGGGGACUAGACGACCCUUUACCCGACCAAAGUCGAAGGAACCAGCAGUUGGCGACAAUGCCUCCCGCACCAAGUUCCGAAUAUCGAAGACGAGGGAACGGUAAACUCGGUAACUACCUCCUCAACCCUCUACAGCACGACAAUUCUCUGUGAACUGACUGUCAGCAUCUUUAGAUUCAGAAUAUAAUAUUCAUCAAACAGCAUGGACCUGGUCAGGAACACUUUAAAUUUGACGAUAGCAUGAUCAUCAAGAUCUUGAUAGUUCUAGUUUUGGGUUUGGCGUUUUGGGCGUUCGGCGUCAGUGAGAUUACUUUGAGUUGGUUGCAGAUGCAGUUUGUAAUGAAUUGUUUAUAAAUGUAAAUAUUUUAAAAUGUAAUUAUUAAAUAAUUAAUGUUUAUUUAUGUAACUUUGAGAGUAUUAUAUUCAGGUCUUUGAUAUAGUGUUCUUAUUUCCUCAGAUUUCGUUUGAUGAAUAAUCAGUUUGGUUGAGA